UUAAUCGAUCGGAGAGAGACAGCAGAGUGCUUCAGUCGGAGUUUCUCUGUAUCCGAUGGAUAAGGUCUGGAAGAGAGCCGUUGAGACGGCGUUGGACGGACAAUCGGAUCCUCUGGCUAUCCGAACCCUAACUCUCGACGGCGUCGUCAAGUGCUCGCAGGGGCGUUUCCCGCCGUCGGACCUCCUUGAGCGGUUCCGUAACCUUGAGCACCUCUCUAUAGCUAGAAUUGGCGUUUCUUCGCUUGAGCAGUUCCCGCGACUCGGGAAUCUCCAGACGCUUGUUCUGUCUGACAAUAGGAUUGCCGGUGGACUUAAUUUCCUUGUCCAAGCUGGGUUGGAUUCGCUCCGUGACCUCGAUCUUUCCUACAAUAGAAUACAGUAUUUAGAGGAUUUGAUGCCUUUAGCUCAGUUAAAACUUGACUCGCUUGAUCUAUAUGGGUGCCUUGUGACGCGGGUGAAGGAUUAUCGAUCUAGGGUUUUUGGGUUGAUUAAAUCCUUGAAGUAUUUAGAUAGGAUGGAUGGAGAGAGCGAUGGUUAUGAGCAAGGGGAAGAUGAUGAUGGGGAUGGUGAAACCGAGGAAGAACAAGGGGUGGAAGAUUCUACAGAGGAGGAUAGAGAAGACCUCGUAAAUCGGUACUGGGAUUUUGUAGUUGCCGAGAAUCUGAUUGCAGAUGAUGAAGAGGAUGACGAAGACAUCGACGAUAGCAAGAACGAUGCAGUUCAGGUUAUAUGCCCUCCGUCUUCCUCCUCCCGCUUUAAGAGAACGAAGGAUGAUGAUGAUGAUGAUGACGAAGACAUCGAAGAUAGCAAGGACGAUGCAGUCCAGGUUAUAUGCCCUCCGUCUUCCUCCUCUCACUUUAAGAAACAUAAGAUAGACGAGGGAGAUUUUAGUGUGGUAGAGAGCAAUGAGUUGCUGACCAGCACAGAGGGAGAGAGCGAUGGUCAUGAGCAAGAGGAAGAUGACGAUGGGGAUGGUGAAACCGAGGAAGAACAAGGAGUGGAAGAUUCUAAAGAGGAGAAUGGAGGAGACCUCGCAAAAUGGUACUGGGAUUUUGUAGUUGCCGAGAAUCUGAUUGCAGAUGAUGAAGAGGAUGACGAAGACAUGGAAGAUAGCAAGAACUAUGCAGACCAGGUUACAUGCCCUCCGUCUUCCUCGUCUCUUUUCAAGAGAAAGAGGGAUGACGAUGAUGAUGAUGACGACGACGACGACGACGGUUCUAGCGGGGACGAUGACGAUGACGACGACGAUGAUUAG